GGGGGGGGGGGGGGGGGUUUCCCCACCAGAGUGGCUAUGGGUACGAUUUGAAAAAUCCAUACCCAAUGGAACGAGCAUGCGGCCUGCCUUGGUCGUCUCCGUGUCCAGCCUUGGCUGCGUCCCGCCAAUAUUGGCUGCCAUGCCCCGCUAAUCACACGCAUCGGGUCCCGGCCUCCAUUGCUCUGGGGCGGCCCCGUUGCCAUAUAUGUGUUUCAUUUAUAUAAGAAGCAUUUGUCUCGUAGGGUGAUAACAUGGUAAUCGGUACCUCCAAACUUCAGCAUCAGACGGUUGCAUCUCUUUUAUAUCUUCGGUUUUUCUAACUGUGGCUUUCUAUUAAGAGCGCGUUUCUUUGACUGUGGUUACAUCCUCUAGUUAAAUCCCCCCACCCUACCAAAAUGGACACGGACGAGCGGCCGCCGCCACCUGAUAUGAACCAGAUCAGGGAGUGGCGCUCAAUACUAACUCUUAUCGUCUUCAUCAUCACAAACACUGUCGUCAGCUUUCCCUUCCACAUUCUUAUUCCUGUGCCUAGGGUGGCCUGGGAUGUUUUCCUAAGUGUGCUCGCAAGAGUUCGUAUCAUUCCCCUACGGGAUCACGCAGGGCCUCAAGAAGAUGGAGGUCGUUGGAAGAUGCUCAGGUGGUCCAUAAGCACCAUCAUGGCACCUGUUUAUGCCUGCCUCUUCCUGCUUGCAACACUAACAAUUGGGCGUGACGAGGUACAUGAUGGCACUGUUGGCUCCAACAACAUUGAGCCCUACGAUGUCAUGAUCUUUUUUAUCACGCUCGCGUACAUCGCCAUCUCGAUUGACGCCUCUGGCCUGUUGAAAUACCUUGCCUUCAGGGUUCUGAAAAAGGCCGGAGCGCAUGGCCGCCUAUUGUUUCUGUAUCUGUUCUGGUUCUUCUUUGCCCUGGGCACUGCCAUCGGGAAUGACCCCAUUGUGCUAUCUGGCACAGCUUUCCUAGCAUACAUGAUCCGCGCCUCCAGCAACAUAGCUUCGGCAAGAGCCUGGAUCUUCUCGCAGUUUGCUGUUGCCAACAUCAGUUCGGCCAUUCUGGUGUCGUCAAACCCAACGAACCUUGUUUUGGCUGCCGCCUUUCAGAUCAAGUUCAUUGACUACACAGCCAACAUGAUUGUGCCCGUCAUUAUCACCGCCGCAGUGCUUUUCCCCUGUCUAUUGUUCAUAGUGUUCCGUAACGAAAAGUACGUACCGCGUGCCAUCGACAUGCACGAGCUGUCCGAUGCUGAGAGGGAGCGCGAGCCUGUCAAUCCAAAUAUACCCUAUGCCGGCUACGGCGAGGACCGUACCCCGGUCGGCGAAAUCCUUAACCCUUACCUGGACCGACGCCAUGCUACCUACAGCGUCAGCAUCAUGGCUGCUACGUUGAUCUCGGUGCUACUCAUCAACGCCAUCACGGCGAGCCGUGGCGGACACCCGACGCCCGUCAUGUACGUCACCAUGCCUGCCUCUUUCCUGUGCCUCUGCGCGGACCUCCUCACGGGCUGGCGCAACCGAGCCGUGACUCGCGCCGUCGCCCAGCGGGGCCGCACCCUUGCCGAGCGCGACGCCGUCGAGCGCGACCUGCGUGCGGCAUCCGAGGCGGGUGGAAUCCGCAGCAGCAACGACGACGACUCCUCGAUGCCCCGCUCCUCCUCCGAGGGAGGUCAGACAGCGAUAGAUGCCUCCAACGAGAAGCCCAAGAAACCCUCACCAUGGCACGCGACGUCGGAUGAGGAGCGAGCAGCAGCCAUAGAGGGCGAGUUGAACCAGCGGCAGGCCCGCCGGGCAGCGCAGCCGAAGACGUUGGUGUCGAUGGCAUGUGGGGCCUACGCCUGGUGGCGCGAGACGUUCCCUGCUGCGUCCAUUGUCCUCUCGCGGCUACCUUUUGCGCUGGUACCCUUCGCGUUCGCCAUGUUCAUCUUGGUCGAGGCGCUUGUGAGGAAAGGGUGGGUGUCGCUCUUCGCGUACGGCUGGGACGAGUGGGUGCAGAAGACUGGCAUUAUGGGCGCCAUUAGCGGCAUGGGAUUCCUCGGUGUCUUUUUAUCUAACUUUACUGGCACAAACAUCGGGACCACAAUCCUCCUAUGCCGCAUCAUCCAAGCAUGGGUGCAAAUCACAGAGAGCGAGGGCCGGUCGAUCAGCGACCGUACCUUUUGGGGUGCGGUCUACAGCAUGGCGCUGGGCGUUAACUUCGGGGCCUUUGGAUCUGUCUUUUGCGCCUCGCUCGCCGGCUUGCUUUGGAGAGACAUCUUGGCUUCCAAGGGCGUCGUCGUCCGCCGCAUCGAGUUUCUAUGCGUCAACGCGCCAAUCAUCGGCAUCGCCACAGCCGUUGGAUGCACAGUCCUCGCUGGUGAAAUCUACAUUAUGCGGAAAGAUGAGCCGUAUAUAGCGUGAGAAAUUGGCGUGUAUUGCUGCACAGAUAGCCCCUUGUAGUUGCGGCGUAGAGGCAGGAUAUUUCCCUUGAGGCCGGUCCAUGAUAGUGAAUUGGUUAUACUUAUCACCGUAGACAUAUUAAGGAUUGCUUCCUGAUAUGUAUAACGUACAUGCAUAGCAAGCGGUGUAUCAUAGCAAGUGGCGUACUUCUGUAUUACACCUUAGAG